CUUUGCAUAGACAAAAUGCAGAAAGGCCGCAAGCGAAAGCAUCCUCAGCUCCGAUCAUCUCCGUCGACCAAAUCUCCGACCAGCUCCACAAAAAUUACCGGCGUUAAUGACACCGCAGACGAGCCAUACCCACAUUACCAUAGACCCACCCCAGAAGAGUGCCGAGCCGUAAGAGACGACCUAUUGGCCCUCCACGGUUUUCCCCAACAAUUCGCCAAGUACCGGAAAGAAAGAGAAAUUCAAAAAUUCUCUGAUCUCAACAACUCGGAUGGAAAUUCGAUGAAACUAGAGCCGUUGGAUGCUUCCGAUGCUAGUGGGUCAUUGCAAAAUGAAAGUGUGUUGGAUGGUCUAGUGAGCACCAUAUUGUCGCAGAACACCACUGAUGUCAACUCUCAAAGGGCUUUUGCGUCUCUUAAAGCUGCAUUUCCAACUUGGGAAGAUGUUCUUGCUGCUGAGUCAAAGUGUAUAGAGGAUGCAAUAAGAUGUGGAGGUUUGGCCCCAACGAAGGCUUCUUGUAUUAGGAAUUUACUGAGUUGCUUGCUUGAGGAAAAAGGCAAAUUAUGCUUGGAGUACUUGCGAGACUUGUCAGUUGAUGAAAUCAAAUCUGAGCUCUCUCAUUUCAAAGGAAUUGGGCCCAAAACGGUGGCAUGUGUCUUGAUGUUUAAUCUUCAGCAAGAUGAUUUUCCAGUGGACACACAUGUUUUUCAGAUAGCAAAGACCAUUGGUUGGGUACCAGCAGUGGCAGACCGGAAAAAGACAUACCUCCAUCUCAAUAAAAGGAUACCAGAUGAUCUAAAAUUCGAUCUGAACUGUCUCAUAUUCACUCAUGGAAAGGCCUGUCGAAAAUGCAUCAAGGAAGGAGGUAAGCAACAAAAAGAGGAUUCCAGUGGUGACUCCUGUCCUUUACUAAAUUAUUGUGAAAACUCUAAUUUGAAAAAGAAAAUAAUGGGAUGAAUUAUUAUUGCAUAAACCCAAAUUAUUGCAUUCUCUCGAGUCUUGACUAAUUGUUUUCUUGCAACUCAUAAAGGAACUAGGCUUGUAGUGAGAUUACAUCAAACAAAUCUGAAAGUAUAGGGUGAUACAUUGUUGCCUAGAGAAUGCCAAGGGCGGAGGACGCCCAAGGGGGGUAGG